UCAGCAAGCCUGCGUGCUUCAAAGAUGGUGUUGUAGCUACUAGGUCGGUGCAGCUGGGUACGGUUGUUCAAGAAGUCCUCUGAUUAUCAAACACAUGCAUGUAUUUAGUGUCUUGAAGCUGCUUAGAGUAUAUAAGUAUGAUGAAACUAAUGCUUGGAUUAUUAGAAUAUUCUUUGAAAAUGUGAAAGGCUCAUGUAGAGGGUCGCUGGCAAGGAACUUUGAUAGCCAACGAUAUAUGUGCUGUGUUUAGAAUUGACACGUGUUGGGCUUACAUUUAAUUUGGAUAGAUUUAAAACUAGUUAUCCCGUUCUACCUAGCUGGAUCAGGAGUGCGCGUGACCUUCUUUCCUACCAUUACAUCAGAUGGCAAAUGUUAGUGAGACGAAACAAAAGUCGUUCAUAUAAACUGUCAUAGCUAGCUACCUACCUUGUUAGCUCGUAAAAGUGAAACAGAGACCUGGCUAGAGUUACGGUGGUUCGUUUUUAAGCUGCUAUAGUAGCUAGCUCGAUAGCUAAACUUACUAGGUCGUGCUUUGUCAAUUCAGAACUACACUAGCUAGGUAAGAGUUGGUGUCGCAGUAUCUGGAUUUGCCGAUUGUAGUGCAUGAAGGGACCCAGGUCAAACAGCUAGGACAUCGGAUUGGAUUAACCGACAUUGGCCAAUGGGGACCAACAACGAAUAACUUUUGUUUAAUGAAUUGUAUUGUUUAAUUGUAUUAUAAUAAUUUACAAGAAUGACUCACCGUUCCUUUAUAAACUUCCUGUGCCUUGGGAAUCGAGCUGUCACUAUUUUAAAUGGGAGCUCAAGUCGCCUCCCUCACAUUCAGAUGGAGAUACGAAGUAUUGCAUCACAGGCUGAAAUAGGUUUUAAACCCGCAAAAGUUGCUGUGGUGACAAAGAUGACAAGGUAUGAAUUCGAGCAGCAAAGAUAUCGCUUUUCAGAGCUCUCAGAAGAGGACCUAAAACAGCUGCUUGCAUUGAAGGGCUCCAGCUACAUUGGGCUUCUGGAGAGACACAACAUCCACAUCCGCAAUGUGGAACACAUUGUGGAGAGUCUACAGAAAGAGCGGAUUGAGGUGCGUGUGGUGAAGAGAGGGGAAUAUGAUGAAGAAACAGUGAGAUGGGCAGACGCCAUUAUCUCGGCAGGGGGGGAUGGGACUAUGCUACUUGUCGCCAGUAAGGUUUUCAAUAAAGACCAACCGGUUCUUGGGGUUAACACAGACCCUGAAAGGUCAGAGGGACAUCUGUGCCUUCCUGUGCGUUACACACAUGCCUUCCCUGAGGCACUACAGAAACUCCGCUGUGGUCAGUUCAGGUGGCAGUGGCGGCAUAGGAUCCGUCUACACCUGGAGGGCACAGGGAUCAACCCCACCCCAGUGGACCUACAUGAACAGCAGCUCAGUCUGGAGCAACACAACCAGGCCCACCGCAUCACCCUCAUGGAGGCCCAACGCAGUGAGGUUGACAGCUUAUCCAAGCCCUACCUACUACCUGUCAGAGGACUGAAUGAGAUCUUCAUUGGGGAAUCUCUUUCCUCAAGGGCUUCCUACUAUGAGAUCUCUGUGGACGACGGACCGUGGGAGAAGCAGAAGAGCUCUGGCCUCAGCAUCUGCACAGGGACCGGAUCUAAAGCCUGGUCUUACAAUAUUAACAAACUGGUUGAACAGGCUGUGGAAGAUGUCCUAAGGAUAGGAAAGGCACAAACGGGUCUUGAUAUUCCACUGAGUCAGGACUUUAUUGAGAAGGUGACUGAUGAAUACAACGAGUCUCUGGUGUUUGGUCCGGAGGAAGGCAGAAUGUUCUUCAGCAUCAGAGAGCCCAUCGUCAACAGAGUAUUCUCCAGCAGUCACCAAAGAGGUUUUGCCAACAGGGUGUGUGUGCGCUCGCGGUGCUGGGACGCGUGCAUGGUGGUGGACGGAGGGACUUCUUUUGAGUUCAACGAUGGUGCCAUAGCAACAAUCACCAUGAACGAGGAGGACCAGCUCCGGACUGUUCUCCUUGAAAACUGACCAGCCAACCAACCAUCCUUACAGAGCUCACACAAGAUUGUCAGCAGCAGUGAUCUAUAAAGGGAGUAGGGAGACAGGACUGGUCUCUUAUUAGGACCUGUGACCUCAAAAUGAACUUGAAGAAACUUAUCACAUCCUCCCCUUGUAGCUUUCUGGAUUUUCACAGACCAUUUAGUCACGUGUUCUUGGCUUUUGCAUUGGUUUGGCUGAAUCGGUUACAGUUGGGUUUUUAUUUCGCUUGACUUGGACUGAAAUAGGUGCUGGUACUCAUUUUGGUUGCCAGUGCUGUUUUAAAUUUAGGGGCAAGAGCACCACAAUACUUUUGAGCAAAUAUUUUAUAAGAGGAACAGGAGCCCAAGCAGUAGAAAACAUGAGGUGCUGUUACUCAGCUGCCAAAGUCAAGCGCUUGUCUUGAUUUGAUAUACCCAUUAUUUUCACAACCUUACCGUGCCAGCAGAAAUGUGUAGUUAUCCAGUAGUUGUUACUUUUUCACGAUACAAUUACUUACAGCAGCCUGGUAUUGUUCUACAUCUUGCUCCAUUAGACUGUUAGUUUCCCAAGUUGAGUUUGCUUAAGCAUGAUUUAAUUUUAGGUACAUGAGACUGUAAAGUAAUUGUCAGGAUGCUGUGAGUAGUUUCCGACCUUGCUUCUGACAUUUACCGUUGCCAAACACUACCCCAUCAAGAUAUUAGGUCAAACUGAAGGACAGAGCAAACCCACAUAACAAUGGUUGACUUACUGGGCUUUUUUUAUUCUAGAAAAGUAUCAUUUUAAAUUGCUGUAAAUGUGUCCUUUUUCAGGUGAUAUGUAGUCUGUACCCUCCCUGCUGGAGUAGUGUUUAAUGCCCAGGGAUUUUGCCAUGUGAAAUGCUUACCUUUACAUCUGAGGAUGAGGUACAUUUCUUUGUUUCUGUAACACAUUACCUGACUGAAGAGGAUUUUAAACAGUCUGCUCUGCCAUCAGUUUCAUUUGUGUAAUUAUAUUAAAGUAGUUUUAUUUUAAAACGGUGCCAAUUCCUAUUGGAAAGAAUGUUGAUAGCACAAUGUGGUAUUGGUGAAAAAAUUACACUAAAUUGUAUUCCAUGUUGCUGAUUUUAGAUUUUGUAUAGCACUUUUGAGCUGCUUGGCUUCAACCACAGAUUGGAGAUUGAGGGCAAUAUGAAAAACCGAAGUCAUUGUAUUGCUCCCAACAGGCCAGGGCCUCAUCUCAACUUUGACAAAACAAGAACAGUAUGCGCCUGGGCCAAUCUGACACUGACAAUUUAGGAAACGGCGUAACAAAAAAAAAGUUGCUUCCAGCCUUCGCUGUGGGGUCACUUGGAAAACAACCUGGAGUUAACAUGAAUGGUUAUUUGUAAUUUACACGUUGUAAUAAGAUUAAUAUGCAGAAGGGGGCAAUGUAACUGUAAAUCCCUAUUGUGUAGUGAAUUCUGACAUGUAAACUGUAUAUGGGAUACCUUGUGGUUCUAGUUCUACAGCUGAAGUGACAUAACUGAUGUUUAUGGUGCCAGGUCAUGAAACUGUGAUUAUUAAAUGGUAUGAAAUCAAA